UGUGGCGGGUGGGGGAUUUAUCUGUAAGGGGGGCUGUCAUUUGGGAAUCACUGCUACUGAACUACCAGUCAGAGAUGAUCUUCGCAGGAGCAUAGUCGAGUCCUUAUCUCUUUCUUUAUAGUCAUAUGGGAUCAACUCAAUAAUUUCCUGUUGUGCGUUUUCCACUGACGACGAACCACAUGGCUCGUGUUCGUGCGUGUUUUAUUUGGAACGUCUUUCUGGUGCUCUUCUUUAAAGGUGGUGUGGCAUUAACAGGGAAUUUCUGGCACAUCACGGACCUCCAUUGGGACCCUUCUUACCGGUUGGGUGAUGACCCAACAUCAGUGUGUAACUCUAGUGGCAACCGUCCUGUGCAGGGGGCAGGGAAGUUCGGGGACUACGCCUGUGAUUCACCAUGGGACCUCAUCAACUCCUCCAUAUAUGCCAUGAAAAAUAUUUUACCAGAUCCAGAUUUUAUUCUUUGGACAGGAGAUGAUACCCCACAUGUGCCCAAUGAGCAGCUUGGGGAAAAGGCGGUUGUUGACAUUAUCGGAAAUCUUACCCAAAUUAUCAAAGAAGUGUUCCCAACCACCAAAGUUUACUCUGCUCUUGGUAACCAUGACUACCAUCCAAAGAGCCAGCUACCAGCAGGACCGAAUUAUAUUUAUAACCAGACAGCAGAGAUGUGGAAACAGUGGCUUGACCCAGAGUCUCAAAAUCUCUUCAAAAUAGGUGGCUACUACACAGAGAGACUGUUGAAUAGACCUGGGUACAGGAUGUUGGUGCUUAAUACCAACCUAUAUUACAGCCGGAACAAAGUGACACAGGACCUUCCAGAUCCAGCAAAUCAAUUUGAUUGGAUGGACAAAGAGCUAACAAAUGCAGCCAAUCAAAAGGAGAAGGUGUACAUUGUAGGACACGUUCCUCCAGGGUUCUUUGAGAAAAAGCGGCAGACGAUGUGGUUCCACCAAAACUUCAAUGUGCGCUACCAGGAGCUAAUUCAGAAGCAUCAUGCCAUCAUCAUGGGCCAGUUCUUUGGCCAUCAUCACACAGACUCUUUCCACAUGUUUUACAGCCCAGAUGGUUCUCCCAUCAGCACCAUGUUCCUGAGCCCAGGUGUAACGCCAUGGAAGACCACUCUGCCAGGAGUUGUUGAUGGUGCCAAUAAUCCUGGCAUACGCAUCUUUGAAUAUGACACAGACUCCCUCUUGGUCAAAGACAUCGUCACUUACUAUCUGAACCUGACCUAUGCUAACGUCGCCCAGGCAAGAUGGGAGAAAGAGUACCGCCUGACGGAGGCGUUCCGUGUGCCAGACGCAUCUCCCACCUCCAUGAACGUGAUCCUGGAUCGCAUGGCCCAGGAUUCCUGCAUCUUGCAGAAAUACUACGACUUCAACUCUGUCAGCUAUGACUUGUCAACUUGUAAUGCAGACUGUCGCAUUGACCACAUCUGUGCGGCCAGGGCAAUAGACCAGAAGGACUAUGACCAGUGUGUGAAAGACGGGGCACCUCCUACUGGCCUAUUUGUGGCAAUGCUUCCGGUAAUUUCUGUUGUACUAAGCAUUGCAUGGCCCAGCUUGUAAGGCUCUUGAGUAAUUCCAGUCCAGUCUUAUCAAAUAUUGUAAAACAUUCUAUAUGUAUAUGUUGUCCAUACUGCUACACAUUAAAGCAUCUAAUCUUUAUGACGUACAACAUGGCAACCAAUGCGCUCAGUCUGUUGUGCAUGAAUGGGAACACUAAUGACUAGGGUAAAUCACUUUGCUUAUGUAAUACUAUGCACACAAUUGUACAUGGAAGUAGGUAGGUCAGCACAAUGCUUGCAUGUGUCUCUACACUAAAGGGAAGUUAUCUGUAAAUGAAUCCUUCAAAGUCACACCAUUUCUGUGAAACUUCUAAAAAACAAAUGCAGAGAAUGACUCUCAUCAAGCCCCACCAUGCUUGUGGUUUCGUUACUAAUCUAGUUACUUUACUAAUGAUCUAUUACUUUACUAAUGAUCUAUUCAUGCUUGUUUGCACCUUACAGCGUGUCAAUAAUUUAGCAAAUAUUGAUAUCACCACUUGUGCCACAAAACCCAGUGAUUCAUUGCAUUCUCCUGAGUACAUCAUAAGCAAUCUUACAUUGAAUGGACUUACUGAAAGCAGUCUGUGAAUGUGGUGAACUUGAAUUUCCCCUGGGGAUCAAUAAAGUAUCUAUCUAUCUAUCUGUGUUACUCUUUAUGACAACAAUAAUGUUCUUGUAAUCUGCAAAAAUAAAGGUGACACCUGCAGUAAA